GUAGUCAAAAGCGUCCUAGCAACGGGGCGGAAGGAACUUAUCUCCCAAAACACAAAACAACAAUACGUUACCGCUUAUACAGUCUUAAAUUAUAAUAUUUAUGUUUGUUCACUAUAUACUUUUUAAAAACAAUCUAUAUUCUCAAGUUAUCGUAUGAAGCGGGAUGGCUAUCAACAACCCAUCGGUGUUUCUGUUGAUGAUAAACGGACAGAUAGAAGGGGCGAAUUUUCCAGAGUAUGAUGACCUGUACUGUAAAUACUGCUUCGUCUACGGACACGACUGGGCUCCCACCUCGGGUCUAGAGGAGGGUAUAUCUCAGAUUACGUCAAAAGGCAGAGACUCUCCUCAGAGAAUGAUCUGGAAUUUUCCUCUGGAGAUCACCUUUAAGAGCACCAACCCAUUAGGCUGGCCUCAGAUCGUGGUAAGUGUCUACGGUCCUGAUACGUUUGGUAACGAUGUGGUCAGAGGAUACGGAGCAACACACAUCCCCUUCACUCCUGGACAACACAGCAGAACCAUCCCAAUGUUUGUUCCUGAAUCCACAUCAAGACUACAGAAAUUCACAAGUUGGCUGCUGGGGCGACGUCCAGAGUUCACCGAUCCUAAAGUCGUGGCCCAGGGAGAGGGCAGAGAAGUGACCAGGGUCCGUUCUCAGGGUUUCGUCUCCCUCUCCUUCCACAUUGUGACUAAAGACAUGAAGAGACUGGGUUACGACACCACACCUUCCGAGACCUCACACACUCUGUCACACACUGCUGCUGCAGGCAUCGGACCGGGAGACCAGCCCUACAGCACGUGACGGAAACACACACACACACACACACACUGCUGCUGCAGGCAUCGGACCGGGAGACCAGCCCUACAGCACGUGACGGAAACACACACACACACACACACACUGCUGCUGCAGGCAUCGGACCGGGAGACCAGCCCUACAGCACGUGAUGGAAACACACACACACACACACACACUGCUGCUGCAGGCAUCUGACCGGGAGACCAGCCCUACAGCACGUGAUGGAAACACACACACACACACACACACACACACACACUGCAGGCAUCGGACCGGGAGACCAGCCCUACAGCACGUGAUGGAAACACACACACACACACACACACACACUGCUGCUGCAGGCAUCUGACCGGGAGACCAGCCCUACAGCACGUGAUGGAAACACACACACACACACACACACACACACACUGCAGGCAUCGGACCGGGAGACCAGCCCUACAGCACGUGAUGGAAACACACACACACACACACUGCUGCUGCAGGCAUCUGACCGGGAGACCAGCCCUACAGCACGUGAUGGAAACGCACACACACACAGGGACCAAAAAUCUCCCUCCCUGACCCCUGUGUGUGGUCCCAUCAGUAGCAGCUGGAUACUGUAGGUGUUAGUGAUGUCUGGUGUCUCGCCUCGAGGAACAGGGGAGAUUCUACCCCCCCCCACUUCCAUUCAGACUGAUCUAGGACCUGCUGAUCCACUGAUCCCUCUAUAUUAAGGCUGGUUUAAAGACAUCAGACUGGUUUAAAGACAUCAGGCUGAUCUAGGACCUGCUGAUCCACUGAUCCCUCUAUAAUAAGGCUGGUUUAAAGACAUCAGACUGGUUUAAAGACAUCAGACUGAUCCAGGACCUGCUGAUCCCCUCUGAUCCCCUCGAUCCCCUGCCGGUUAUCGCUUGAUCUGAUGUGUUCUGUGUUGUAAUUUUUGGACUGAUAAUAAAAUGUACCGUGUUUCAUGAACAAGGUGUA